CUGAACAGUAACCUAGUCUAAAAUCACUUGAGAGAUCCGUCUGCUGCUGUGAAAGUUGAAGGAAGAAAAUGGCUGCUGCUUGGGCUUCAACACGGUGUUUCAACUCUCGCCUCCUCCCACCGCCGGAUACUUGUCGUUCCCACGGAGGCAGAGGCGGCAGCAGCAGUCAACGCCUUCUCCUGUCGUCUCAGAUUCCCAAAUCCCUCUCUCUUUCUUCGUCGCCAUCUUCUUCUUCGUUUUCCAUAGGAGGAGGCGGAAUUGAGAGGAAGGAGCGUUCGUCUUUUGCUCAGACAGCGGCUGUUCGCCAUCUCGUGGGUUCCGUCACCAAAACUCAGGGCCUCCGUUUCGCAGUGGUUGUGGCGCGGUUCAAUGAGUUUAUAACAAAGCAGCUGUUAGAGGGAGCUCUGACCACUUUCAGCAACUACUCAAUUCAAGACGAGGAUGUUGACGUUGUGUGGGUUCCUGGUAGUUUUGAAAUCGGUGUAACUGCACAGAGGCUUGCAAGUUUGGGAAAAUAUCAUGCAAUUCUAUGCGUCGGAGCUGUGAUUAGAGGCGAUACAACCCACUAUGAUGCAGUUGCUAAUUCAGCAGCAUCUGGAGUACUUUCAGCUGGAUUACAAUCAGGAGUGCCGUGCAUAUUUGGUGUCCUAACUUGUGAUAAUAUGGAGCAGGCUAUAAAUCGAGCGGGUGGUAAAUCUGGAAAUAAGGGUGCAGAGACUGCUAUGACAGCUAUUGAGAUGGCAUCUUUGUUUGAGCACCAACUGAAGUAAUGGUAAUGUUACUCUGAGUCUGAGGAGAGGCAGAUAAAUUUGUAGUUUGGUCAGCGACUCAGUGUUUUCCGUUGCUAGAUGUGCUCAUUGUUGUUGUUUUUUGUUGUUGUUGUUCCAUUUUUGAACUGCUAGAAUAUAUGUCUUGUGGGUAAUCUAAAACUGUAACAUGGUAAACCACAUUAUCCCAAACUGUGGUCGGCUCUUUGUUGAUUGCUAAACCCUGAUAAAGAGCAAUUGAGUAGAAAUAAGAAGUAUGUUUGAUGUUAUGAAUAAAAAGCUCCUCGCUUCCUGGGUA